AUGAUUCAUAUUGGUGACAUUGAAAACCCUAAUAAUUCCAAAAAACCCACCAGUUCACCAGACAAGAAAGAGCUCCCAGUUCCACAAGCCACUCAUCAAGACUCUGGUAUGAGAUGCCCAAAAAUAUCUACCAAAAAAUUAACCACUAAAGUCAAAGAAUGGAAUAUGAUUGGUAAUAUUUGUGGAAAAAUUAGAAAGUCAGAAAAAUAUGUCAACAAAAUUAUUCCUGAAAAUAAUGGGACCCCUAUGAAUAGUGUUGAAAAGGAGCCAAGGAACAUUAGAUCAAUCGCAAGAAGACUAAGGGAAUAUGUUACCAGCAGAAAAAUGAGAAUGAUGAAAAAGCCUGACAGUGAAAUUUCCACUGAAAACAAUAAGGUCCCUGUGGAUAGUGUCGAAAAGGAAGCCAGAGAAAUUAAAUCAAUCGCGAGAAGAUUAAGAGAAUAUGGCACAAUUGGCAGAAAAAUGAGAAAGACGAAAAAAGCUGAUAACAAAAUUUACACUGAAUGGAAUGAGAACAUCGUGAAUAAAGAAAGGAUGAGAAAUAAGGCGCCAAUAUCAGUCGGAAGCUGCUCAUAUUUAUUGUAA